AUGACUUUAGGAAUACAUAGAGUUAUUUUACUUGGUGAUUCAGCUGUAGGAAAAACUUCUAUUAUUAACCAAUACAUUUAUAACUCAAGCGGAACUGAUUAUAAAACUACAAUUGGAAUUGAUUAUUUUACUAAGAAUGUAAAUAUUGAUGGAGUACCUGUCCGCUUACAAAUAUGGGAUACAGCUGGUCAGGAGAAGUUUCAUGCAAUUAUUCCUUCAUAUAUCAGAAAUGUUUCAAUUGUUAUCCUUGUAUUUGAUAUAACACAGAGACAGUCAUUUGACAAUGUUCAGAAAUGGUAUCAGAUUGUCACCGAUAUCACUAAACCUAAAUUCUUCCUCGCAGGAAAUAAAGUUGACUUAGAACUUAACAGAGAAGUAACAUUUAAAGAUGCUAAAAAGUAUGCAGACAGUAUCGGUGCAACAUACAUUGAGACUAGCUCACGCACCCCUAUCAAUAUUACUGAAUUAUUCAACCAAGUUGCAAGUGUUCCAAUUGCAACAUCAAACGAACCAGAACUAGAAGAAAAGCAAGCUAUUGUUGUUAAAGUUGACUUAAAUAAAUCAAAACAAACUGAACAAGGAUCCAAUGCAAAUUCAGGUUGCUCUUGCUAA